AUGACAACGUGUCAAGGGAUUGAUGUUUAUCCAUAUGUUUUUCUUAGAGUUCUUACUAUAUUUUGGCAUUUUCAAGCACCAUUCAAUUUUUAUGCAUUUUACUGUAUUGUUUUUGUUUCUCCGAAAAUUAUGAAAUCUUUCCGAUGGCACUUGCUGCUUUACCAAUGCUCUACUACUUUUCUCGAUUUCACAUUUUCAAUGGGCAUGACACCAGUCGUCAUUCCAGCUAUGCCACUUGGGUACACCGUUGGAUUAUUUCGGGGUUUUUUGAAUUGUCAUCAAAUGUUGACGCUCUCAUUGAUAUGUAUGACCACUUCCGCGUCCACUACUGUUGAAAUUUUCUUUUGGCGAUGGCAGAAUAUUAUUCUACCCAGCUCUAGCUUAAAGCUUAGGACAAUUACCUACUACGGCAUCUGGUUGUUUGCUCUAUCAUUACUAUUUUCAAGUCUAGCACUAAUCCAUAUUCACCUAGACUCUGAUCAAAUGCUUCUGAGGUUUAAGCUCCAAGAAACCUAUUCAUGUGCAGAUUUUUUGUUUCAACAGCCUGGUGUGUAUAUCUGUGAAGCUUCUCGAUACAUGUGGGUAGUCAUAUAUGGAGUUAUCUCUUGCAGUGUUGGCGGUUUUUUUCUAGUACUUUUUGUUUAUCAGUCUCUACACGCAAUUAAUCAAAUGGCAUCAAAUCGCAGUGUCCAUGCAAGAAAUGUUCAAAAAAAACUAAUUUAUCUGUUGUGUGCUCAGAUGAUGUUCCCAAUGGGAGCUUAUGCUAUUGGUGGUACCACAAUCGUGAUCAGCCUAUCCAUGCAAUUAGUUUGGAUGCAACAUAUAAAAAGCAGAAAGAAGAACUCUGCUAUUGUUCGUGUUAUCGACAGGAGUGUUGUUUUAACAUAG